AGAGAGAAGGGAGAGAGAGAGUGAUUCCAGGUCUCUCUCUGCUCUCUCCACUUUCGGCACUCAUACCCCGUCUGACUCAAUGGGGCUUUAGCACUAGGGGUUAAACGUUAAAAUAAAAGUUAUUUAUUCACCCCAAACCCCUUUUAGUGUUUAGCUUUUGUGCAUGACUUAGACAGACAUAGGUGACUUCUUAAGGGAAGUGUCCGGGGUAGAGGUAGAGACGUCUCCAGAGGCGUGCCGUUUUUAUUUUUUGCCUCGCAGAAGGUUCAGUCGGAUCCCUCUCGUCGGCUGGCUUUCUGUGAGAGGAUAACUUCCACCAUAUCCUGCAUUUACAGCUCAACCAGGCCGGCAAACUACUGCAACACUAUGGAUAUUGGGAAUUGUCCCUUCCGGAAGAAGCGGAGACCAUGGCGCGUGGACUUCUCAUCCCUCGCCUUGGUUACCAUGGCGCUCGCCGUGUGCCAAGCGGCCGUGGCUCGGGCAGACCCAGUGGAUGUCCUGCGGGCGCUCCAGGUUCCCUCUCUCCCUGAGGGCGUGAAGAAAGUCCCUGGCUUCUGCACCUCCCGGCGCUCCAGCAGCCCAGACCACGCCUACCGCAUCACCAAGAAGGCCCAGAUCUCUGCCCCCACCAAGCAACUCUUCUCAGGUCGUUUCCCAGAGAAUUUCUCCAUCAUGACUCUGGUAAAAGCCCAGUCGGGUCUCCAGGCCUUCCUCCUCUCCAUCUACAGUGAGCCAGGCAUCCAGCAGCUGGGCAUUGAGCUCGGACGCUCCCCUGUCUUCCUGUAUGAGGACCAGAACGGCAAACCAGCUGCCGGGGAAUACCCACUGUUCAGGGGCGUCAACCUGGCUGAUGGCAAAUGGCACCGCAUCGCUAUCUCUGUGUCCAAGAAGAAUGUAACUCUGCUGCUGGACUGUAAGAAGAAGAUGACCUUGCCACUGCUGCGCAGCAACAACGCCGAGAUCGACACCAAUGGCAUCACUGUGUUCGGGGCCCGUCUGCUCGAUGCAGAGGUUUUCCAGGGAGACAUCCAGCAGCUGCUGAUUGCCUCCAACCCCCAGGCUGCCUAUGACUUCUGUGAGCACUACAGCCCUGACUGUGACUCCCCACUGCCCAAGACCCAGGCUCAGGACCCCAACACAUACGACGUAGAUACUGAAUAUGCCGAGGCUGGCCACACCCCUACAGAGACGGAUUAUUAUUAUGAGGAGCCGGUCCCACAACCAGAGGGUGAGGUGAUUGGACAAGAAGCAGCCCCUGCCCAGGUGGAGCAGACAGUGGUGACUGAGGAGGUAGAUGCCACCAAGGCAGGCGGUGAGGGCGAGGAGGCCUUCACUGAGGAGUAUGUGACAGGGGACUUGGGCAUGAAGGAAUACGACUAUUCCUACAGGGACUACAAUGAGCCGUUACCGGAGACCGGGGAGGUUGAUACCAACAUGGGCCCCGCCCUGUCUGCCGUGACAGAUGAGGGAGGCGCCGCCAUCAGAGCCCAGAAAGGAGAGAAGGGAGAACCAGCUGUCCUUGAGCCUGGUAUGCUGAUUGAAGGACCCCCCGGACCUGAGGGACCUGCUGGUCCCACUGGCCCCGCUGGCUCCUCUGGACCUCCUGGCUCUGUUGGUGAUCCUGGUGAGAGGGGUCCUUCUGGUAAGCCUGGUCUGCCUGGAGCUGAUGGAGUCCCUGGACCUCCUGGAACCUCAGUCAUGCUGCCUUUCCGUUUUGGCCAGAGUGGUGGAGAUAAGGGCCCAGUCGUGUCUGCACAGGAAGCCCAGGCAGCGGCCAUCUUGUCCCAGGCCAGAAUGGCUCUGAAAGGACCUCCUGGACCAAUGGGAUUCACUGGACGCCCCGGACCUCUGGGAUCUCCAGGAAGUUCUGGACUGAAGGGAGAGAGUGGAGACCCUGGUCCUCAGGGCCCCAGGGGACCUCAGGGAUUGAUGGGACCUCCAGGCAAAUCAGGAAGAAGAGGCCGUGCUGGAGCUGAUGGUGCUAGAGGAAUGCCCGGAGAGCCCGGAUCCAAGGGUGACCGUGGUUUUGAUGGUCUGCCUGGUUUGCCUGGUGACAAAGGACACAGGGGUGACACAGGAGGAAUGGGACCCCCAGGACCCACCGGAGAGGACGGAGAGAGGGGAGACGACGGAGACGUUGGACCCAGGGGUCUCCCAGGUGAACCAGGGCCUCGUGGUUUGCUGGGACCUAAAGGACCUCCUGGAAUCCCUGGACCUCCUGGUGUGCGUGGAAACGAUGGGCCUCACGGUCCCAAAGGAAACCUGGGUCCUCAAGGUGAGCCUGGACCUCCAGGGCAGCAAGGAACCCCAGGAACUCAGGGAAUGCCAGGACCUCAGGGAGCCAUCGGGCCCCCAGGAGAGAAGGGUCCCACAGGAAAACCAGGUCUGCCCGGUAUGCCAGGAGCUGACGGCCCACCUGGUCACCCAGGAAAGGAGGGGCCUACCGGCACCAAAGGAAACCAGGGUCCCAGCGGUCCUCAGGGAACUAUUGGCUAUCCUGGCCCUCGUGGUAUCAAGGGAGCUCAAGGAAUCCGUGGACUGAAGGGCCACAAGGGAGAGAAGGGUGAAGAUGGUUUCCCCGGAAUUAAGGGAGAUUUUGGUUCUAAGGGAGACAGGGGUGAGGGUGGAGUGCCAGGACCCAGGGGAGAGGACGGUCCCGAGGGGCCAAAGGGUCGCGUGGGACCCCCUGGUGAGAUCGGACCUCUUGGACCAGUGGGAGAGAAGGGCAAACUUGGUGUACCUGGACUUCCUGGCUAUCCUGGAAGACUGGGACCUAAGGGAUCUCUUGGUUUCCCAGGAUUCCCUGGCUCAAACGGCGAGAAGGGAACAAGGGGUCUCAUUGGCAAGUCAGGGCCAAGAGGACAGAGAGGACCAACGGGCCCCAGAGGGCAGAGAGGACCAAGGGGCACGACCGGGAAGCCAGGAGCCAAGGGAACAUCAGGAAGUGAUGGCCCCCCUGGUCCUUCUGGAGAGAGGGGACUGCCCGGGCCUCAGGGAGCCAACGGUUUCCCCGGACCAAAAGGACCUCCAGGACCACCAGGAAAGGACGGACUGCCCGGACACCCUGGGCAGAGAGGAGAAGUUGGUUUCCAAGGCAAGAUGGGUCCACCUGGGCCUCCCGGAGUGGUUGGACCUCAGGGUCCAUCAGGUGAGACUGGUCCCAUGGGCGAGCGUGGUCACCCCGGACCCCCAGGUCCCCCCGGAGAGCAGGGACUUCCUGGUCCCUCUGGGAAGGAGGGCACCAAAGGAGACCCUGGACCCCCAGGAGGCCCCGGCAAGGACGGACCCCCAGGACUGAGAGGUUUCCCUGGAGAGAGAGGACUGCCUGGAACCCCUGGAGGUGGAGGACUGAAGGGAAGCGAAGGACCUGCUGGACCCCCUGGACCUGCUGGUUCUCCUGGUGAGAGGGGAUCAGCUGGUACUGCUGGACCCAUCGGACCCCCCGGUAGACCCGGCCCUCAGGGGCCUCCCGGACCCGCUGGAGAGAAGGGAGUUCCUGGUGAGAAAGGUCCCAUCGGCCCUGCAGGACGUGAUGGAGUCCAGGGUCCCGUUGGUCUGCCUGGCCCUGCUGGACCCCCUGGAGUGCCUGGAGAGGAUGGAGACAAGGGUGAGGUUGGCGAGCACGGCCAGAAGGGAGGCAAGGGAGAAAAAGGAGAGCAGGGUCCUCCUGGUCCACCCGGGCCAAUGGGUCCACUUGGUCAACCUGGAGCUCCUGGUGCUGAUGGGGAGCUUGGACCCAGAGGCCAGCAGGGACCAUUUGGAGCCAAAGGUGAUGAAGGAUCCAGAGGAUUCCCAGGAGCCCCAGGACCCAUCGGACUGCAGGGAUUGCCAGGACCAUCAGGAGAGAAGGGAGAGACUGGAGAUGUUGGACCUAUGGGUCCUCCUGGCCCUCCAGGACCCCGCGGCCCUGCCGGACCCAGUGGUGCUGAUGGUCCUCAAGGUCCUCCUGGUGGUUUGGGUAAUCCUGGACCCAUUGGAGAGAAGGGAGAGCCUGGUGAGGCUGGACCACCCGGAAUUGGAGGAGAGCCAGGAAAGAAGGGUCCUCGAGGAGAGCGAGGAGAGAAGGGAGAGGCAGGACAACCUGGAACUGCUGGACCCGCCGGAGGACGAGGGCGGCCCGGAGACGACGGACCCAAAGGAAACCCUGGCCCUGUUGGUUUCCCCGGUGAUCCUGGUCCUCCUGGUGAGCUUGGACCCAGAGGCCAAGAUGGAGCAAAGGGAGAGAGAGGAGAGGAUGGUGAACAAGGAGAAGCUGGCUCACCUGGACCCACUGGUGAGAACGGACCUCCCGGCCCCCCUGGAAAGAGGGGUCCUGCUGGAACGAGAGGACCUGAGGGACGUCAGGGAGAGAAGGGAUCCAAGGGCGACCCAGGUGCUCUCGGACCCCCAGGAAAGACCGGCCCCGUCGGCCCCCAGGGUCAGCCAGGAAAACCAGGAACAGAGGGUCUCAGAGGACUCCCAGGAUCAGUGGGUGAGCAAGGAUCUCCAGGCCCUGCCGGACAGAAGGGACCACCUGGACCUAUUGGACCUGCUGGUUUGCCCGGCCUGCGCGGAGAUCCUGGUUCCAAGGGAGAGAAGGGCCACCCAGGUCUUAUCGGUCUCAUCGGACCUCCAGGAGAGCAGGGAGAGAAGGGAGACCGAGGUCUGCCUGGGCCUCAGGGAUCCAACGGACCCAAGGGAGAGACUGGAAUGGCCGGAGCCACUGGACCCAUCGGCCCUGCUGGUCCUGCUGGUCUGCCUGGUCCUCAAGGUAUCAAGGGAGCUAAGGGUGCUACUGGAGGAGCCGGUCCCAAGGGAGAGAAGGGUGUACAAGGACCUCCUGGACCCCCUGGUCCACCAGGCGAUGUCAUCCAGCCCCUACCCAUCCAGAGGAGUCCCAAGUCCAAGCGCUCCAUCGACGCCAGCAAGCUGCUUUCUGAGUCCGACAUGGAGAUGCCCGCAUCCGACGCCACCGGCAACGAGUUCCUGAUGGGCAGCGAGGGAAUGGAGGAGAUCUUUGGCUCACUCAACUCACUUCGCCAGGAGAUCGAGACAAUUCGUUUCCCUCUGGGCACCCAGGACAGUCCCGCCCGCACCUGCCAGGACCUACACCUCAGCCAGCCCGACUACAAAGACGGAGAGUACUGGAUUGACCCCAACCAGGGCUGCUCCAGAGACUCUUUCAAGGUCUUCUGUAACUUUACAAAUGGAGCAGAGACCUGCCUGUAUCCCAGCACCAGCAUCAACACGGUGAAGAUGAGCUCUUGGGACAAAGAGACUCCAGGAUCUUGGUACAGCCAGUUUGCCACCGGCAGCAAGUUCUCCUACGUGGACUCUACCGGUGAGCCCGUGGGUGUGGUCCAGCUGGGCUUCCUGCGUCUCCUGAGCGUCCAGGCCCGCCAGAACCUGACCUACCACUGCCACCGCUCGGUGGCCUGGGCCGACCGCACCGCCAAGAACAACUACAAGAGGGCGCUGCACCUCCAGGGCGCCAAUGACGAGGAGCUGAGCUACGAGACCAGCCCUUACAUCAAAGCCCUGGUCGACGGCUGCUCUUAUCGCAAGGGCUUCGACAGGACAGUCCUGGAGGUCAACACACCACAGGUGGAGCACCUUCCUCUGCUGGAUAUCAAGGUUUCAGACUUUGGGGAGAGCAACCAGCAGUUUGGCUUUGAAGUGGGACCUGUCUGUUUCCAAGGCUAAACACACACAUACACACACAUACACAUACACACACACACAUACACCAUGCUGAAAAUAAAAAAAACACACACAGACACACAUACUCAUGCACUUAGAGACACACUUAGACAUGAUAACCAUACAUGCCCAGUAAUUUGUAAAUUAACUUGUAAAUGAUAUGAAAUACACACAAACACACACACACACACACACACACACACACACACACACACACACACACACACACAUACACAAUCACUUAUACACACACAAAUGCUGUUGUGAGACAAACAAGCACUCACAUCACGUACAUGCCCGGGGAAAGCGACAUCCUCCCGUCAACAAAGUACAGAGAAGACAAAUAAAAAUGUAGAGCACUCUCGCCAAGAGGAGACCCUCGACUGAGCGAACAGCCGCGAGAAAGGGAAGAAAACAAAAAGGAGAGAGGGAGCAUUCUUUGGAGUAAAACAGUGUUCUUCUACCAACAAGGGAAAGAGCCAGCAGCUCAGCGCCAGAAGCCCCCAUCUGCGAUCCCCCUCUCACUCCUCUCUCCUCACCGCUGUCUCUCUUUUUUCCACUCAGCUCACCUGCUCUACCUCCCCCCUCUUUCCCCCCAAAAAAGGCCCACACUCUGACACCUAAAAGUGCAUUGUUCCUAACGCCUUUGUCCCACGUUCACCCUGCGAGCAGCAUGGUCUGUGUGUCAUGGUACGGUGUCUGUGUAAUGGUUUACAGCUACCAAGUUUUUAACAGUCAUGCUUUUGUCUUUCUUGUGUCAUUUUGAUGAGUUUAUAUAGCGUAUUGGGUCGCAUUUAUUGAAAAUAAACCCAAAAUCUCAAUAAAACUACUUUAGAGCUUACCAUCAACUCCAACCAUCGUUUCUGAGACAUUUAUUCCAUUAGUCUCUAAAGUAAAGGCUGUAGACAAAUUGGGAAGCUAUGAAUGGCCAGAGUCAACUUUUCAUCCACUCCUACAAGGCCUAACUCUUUCUAAUGAAAGGAAAACUAUAGGGAAUUGCAGGAAGAGCAGAAAUCCCAUUGGCUGUUGUCAACCGUGGUCAAAUUGUCUUGGUCUGCAAAAACUUGUUGCUUGUCUGCACAUCAGCUGAGUUUCUGUGGUUGCUCAGAUCUGUAAGAAGUGAAUAAACAUCUGGUGACACAUUCAUCAUGUUGCUCCCAGAGUGAACACAGAGAAACUCUCAGCUUUGAAUUAAACCAAAGAAAACUGAUCCAUAGAGGGAACAGAACAGUCGAUACCAGCUGAGUUUUGCGUGUUAGACUGACUUGUAUUGUGUUGUUGUGCUGCCACCAAGUGAAUCUUCUACUCAUCAUUUCCUCAUCAUAAUAACUACCAUGCAGUUUUAAUAAACUCCCCAUGAAUGUGACUCACAACUAUCAGCUCAACUCAACCUGAUGAGUAGAAUCUUCCUGGUGCGGUGCAUUGUGGUUAAUGGAGUUUGAAACCAGUGUCAAGUAGGCUUUAUUGCUUUUAGGCUGUGGAAAACCUUUCCUCAGUCCUGAGAGCAAUAGAAACUCUCUUUGAAGUUUUACGACCAUUAACGUAAGGAAAAAAAUGUUGCAUGCUGUGGGACAGGAUAGAGGAUAUGUCGAUGCCGAGAUCAGUGAAUCCAAAAGCCAUUAACUUUGUAAACUGUACUGAGCUUGAUGUUGAUGUUUUACAACUGUCACCGCUGCCUUUGAAAGGGCCAAUUGUUUAAAAAUCAUGGAUCAACUAACUAGGCCGCCAGGGUUGCUACCACACACCAGUCGAGUACUGACUGGGUACUUCGAUUAUUGUUUUCCACGCAGAACACAUUUUCUGAUCUUCCAUCAAGCACAGAACGUGAUCAGGGUUUUAAUAUGUAUAUGAGUUUCCAAGUUCUCUCUCUCUCUUAUUUCCUACAACCGUGAAUAAAUGCAUGCUUUAUUGAAAAAAAAAAUGUGUGGCAAGGUGCUAAUUAUACCAAAGCAUAAAAAGUUUUAUUAUUCACUUUGAAUCCUCCAUUUUCUUUAGUCUCUUACAAUCUCAUGAAGCUUUUACUGGGGAAAUUGUGCAUUACAUUCCAUUUGUACAGAAAUAGUGAUAUUCUAUUGUAUUUAUUUAAAACAAACAGGGUGCUUUGAGAUUAAAACAAAACGACCACCAAAUAUUCCAGUCGAAUGUGGUAUAUUUCAUUUGUAUUUAUUUGUGUAGCUCUCACUUGAAGGUCAAGUGAAACGAGUGAAAUACAUAUUAAACUCAACUGCCAGCCUGACUUACAGAACUUCUGUGCACGCCCUUUCGGUCUAUGCAUGAUGUCAAAGUGAAACUCAUUUUGUACAACCAAAGAAUCUGUGGCCAUAUUUUACUGUAAUAUCCCUUUUAGUGUUUUUCAUCAACUGUACUGUGCUGUUAAAUUUUUUGCUUCCAUUGUAAUGAUUAAAUGGUGACUCUCCAGUGCUGUCA